AUAUGAUUGGGCUACUCUACUCCGAAGUCCUCUACACAUGCCAGAGUUCGGAAUAUAAUCAUGGUUAUAGUUUGCGCGAUGGUUGAGUGCAAGUUGUCUAAAUGAAAAAAAAAAACAACCCACCUGGCAUCAGCCUUCUACCAAGAUUAAACCCCGUGACUACCAUUGAGACAUGGCAAUUAUAAAUCCCAAAACGGAGAUGGUGGAACGCUUUCUGGAUUCUGCGGGCCGAGGAGAUUUAGAGAAGGUGACUUCUAUGAUCUCCAACUCCAACUUUUUGAUCAACAAGAGCGGUGAGAACGGAUGGACGGCGUUAAUGUUCGCUGCACGGAACGGACACUAUGAAGUUGUGAAAGCUCUUCUAGCAAAAGGGUGUGACACAUCACCUGUGAACAGAUCUGGGCAGACUGCGUAUGACAUUGCCCGUUUCUGGGGCCACAAGCACAUUGCCAUGCUGCUGUGUGGUGGACAGGACGGACACCCUCCUCCUGCUCUGCCAGACAUGCAUGCCAACGGGGAGGACCUUUACUUCAACCAGGAGUUCCUAGACAGGUUGAGUGAGAAGAGGACUGACAGCAAGUGGCUUGCUGCUAAGCAGACGUCUCCAGACACCGUGUUCCUGCUCUUCCACAACCUGAACCCGCUGGUGAUAUCAGAGGCCAUGGAAGAAGAGAGCAGAGCUGACUCCUCCUUCCUGAUGAGCCGGCUGCGGGCGGCUAUGGUAGAGCCAAUUGUGGGGCGGCCGGGCACCACGGUCAUCUUCCUGGGAGUGGAGAAGCAGACGAGGUGUGUCCCCACCACCACACCGGAGGGAGAGGACGAUGGACUGACCGCAUGGUUUGCUCUCAACACCGAGAAGGACCCCUCAGAAUUCCUUAAGUUCCCAGACCCCAAAUGCUUCUUCCUCCAUGCACCCAUGCCAGGUCUCUUAAAGCUCAGUGACAUCGAGGCAGGUGUUGUUGCCCAAGCCAGGGCAGUGCUGGCGUGGCACAGCAGGUACAGCUUCUGCCCCACAUGUGGCAGUGAGACGCGUGUGGAUGAAGGAGGCCAUAAGAGGACGUGCCUGAGAGAGGGCUGUAGAAGUCUCAAGGGCAUCCACAACACCUGCUACCCUCGCGUGGAUCCAGUAGGCAUCAUGCUGGUCAUCCACCCUGACGGUAACCAGUGUCUGCUUGGAAGGAAAAAAAUCUUCCCUCCUGGGAUGUUCUCAUGUCUUGCUGGCUUCAUAGAGCCAGGUGAGACUGUGGAGGAGGGGGUUCGGAGAGAGGUUUGGGAGGAAAGUGGUGUUCGCGUUGGGCAGGUGCGCUAUGUCACCAGCCAGCCGUGGCCCAUGCCAUCCUCGCUCAUGAUUGGUUGCCAUGCCGUCGCCUUGACAACCACCAUUAAUGUGGACAAGAAUGAGAUUGAGGAGGCUCGGUGGUUCACACGGCAACAGGUGAUCGAUGCUACUGUGAGAGCUAAGCAUGCAGUUUUCUCUCUGCCACCAAGACAAGCUGUUGCACACUACCUCAUCAAGCACUGGAUUGGGAUGAAUGCCAAUCUAUGAUGACCAGAAGGGGAAACAUUGAGUAAGAUUCCCAAGAGAUUCCUGCAGUUCUGCAGAAAAAUAUACUGGAUCUUUUUUUUUCUUCCGUUACAGUAAUCACAAACACAUACUGUAUAGUCUUUCAGCUACAAGACUUACAGAUCCACUUCAUUGUACACUUUUCAUAUAUUCAGGUAAUUUGUCCUACAGUAAAUUUGAAAAACAGUGAUUGUAUAAAACACAAAAACUCAAAAUAUAAAUUUGAAAAUAUAUUUAUUUAAAGAAAACAAAUAUUAAGGAGGUAUUGAAGUCACAAUGUGGCUACAGGUGGCACUUCAAAAAUCAACCAUAGAAGCCUUACAAGCUACCAAAACCACACACAACCAUAAGCCUUACAGGCCACUGGAACCACACAGAACUAUUUUGUGAGGAAAUGCAGGUGUUGGUUUCACUUGGAGCUUUAUACAGAGAGACAUAUGAGAGAUUGUGGUACAAAUGGGUGAAGUUUCAACCCCAAAGAGCGAUUGAAACCAGGAAUGCAUUUUCAGAACUUUGUGUUAUACCGCCAAGAGACUGUCACGGAAAUCACUUUUAAUGAACAGAUCAAUUGAUCUUGAAGCCCUAAUGUGCUAUGGUGUUCUCCACUCUGUCCAAGUGUGUUACAUAGCCAUGAAUUCAUCUUCAUGAUUAUACCACCAAGGGACUUUCAGCAAGUUGUGCUGACAGCCAUUCAGUGACAUUCAGAUACGCAACUGAAUAUUAAUGCUGUUGAAUUGACAUGAAAGUUACCUUGUGAUUGAUCAACAUUUGAAUGUUAAUGAUGGAAUAAAGGUGUUUACAUCAGUUUAUGGUAACUGAUGCAGUGAUUGAA